AUGGUAUUUGAUCAUUUGAUUAGCUAUGGAAUUUCUCAAGGUUACACUAUUUGGCAUGCUCAUGGGGAGAGAAAAGGGGAGGCAUCUUACCAUGCUAUUGGUGCCCAAAACAAUAAUGAGCAAAUAAAUGAAGGCUCCAGUGGGAUGACAACUAUGUUACAUGACGUUUUUUCAAUGUUUGAUCCUGAAAUAGUCGAAGGUACUGGGCCUGAAAUACGUGUGGAAGUUGGAGAAGCUGGAGUGCAAUAUGAAAAUCGACAAGAUUCAAAUGAGAGAGUUAAUAAAUUUUACAAUAUAUUAAAAGAUGCUGAUGAGCCAUUAUAUGAAGGGUGCACAAAACAUACUAAGUUUAGUGCUAUCGUACGUCUAUGGAAUAUGAAGUGUUUGGGUGGAUUGAGUAAUAGCAUAUUUAUAGAAUUGCUUGAAUUUGUGAAUGAGUUGCUCCCACCAGGAGCAUCAUUGCCUAAAAAUACAUACGAGGCGAAGAAGUACAUGAAUGAGUUAGGGCUUGGAUACGAGAAGAUCUUAGUAUGUCCCAAUAGUUGUAUGUUAUUUUGGAAGGACAAUGAGAAUCUGGAAACAUGCUUGGUAUGUGGAGCAUCAAAGUGGAAGCAAAAAGAGUCUAUGGAUGAAAGCUCUAAAAAAGGCCGCACAAAUGAUGGGGUACUAAGGCAUCCAGCACAUGGUUUGGCUUGGAAGACGUUUGAUUCACAACAUGAUGAGUUUGCCUCUGACCCCCGCAAUGUUAGGCUUGGUUUAUCUGCAGAUGGCUUUAAUCCUUUUGGACCAUCAUCACCUUCAAUGAAUAUAGAUGUAUAUUUAGAGCCUCUAAUAUCAGAAUUAAAGGAAUUAUGGGAGAUUGGAGCACCAACCUAUGAUGUUUGCUCUAGAGAGAUAUUUACAAUGCGUGCGGCUUUAAUGUGGACAAUAAAUGAUUUUCCUGCAUAUGGUGAUUUGUCUGGAUGGAGUACGAAAGGUCGUUUAGCAUGUCCUUGUUGUAUGGGUAAUACAAGAUCUAGAUGGCUGAAACAUGGAAAAAAAAUUUCCUAUAUGGGGCAUAGACGAUUCUUGCCAAUAAAUCAUAAGUGGAGAAUGAUGGCAAGAACAUUUGAUGGUACACGAGAAAUUAAUCCUCCACCUACUAUGCCAACACCUGAUGAAAUUUUGGAACAAUUAGAUGAUGAAAGAUGCAAUGAUAGAACAAAUCGUAAAAGAAAUAGAGUUGUGGGGUCCACUACUGUUAAGGAACACUCAUGGAAGAAACGUAGUAUUUUCUUUAGUUUGCCUUACUGGAAGGAUAAUUUAUUACGUCAUAAUCUUGAUGUGAUGCACAUUGAAAAAAAUGUGGUGGAUAAUAUUGUUGGCACACUAUUAAAUAUUGUUAAGAAAUCAAAAGAUGGCAUACAGGCACGCCUUGACUUACAAGAGAUGGGUUUGAGACCACAACUUCAUCCGGUUAUAACAGCUGCAAACAAGACAUAUUUGCCUCCAGCUAUUUUCACAAUGAGUAACAAAGAGAAAGAAGACUUGUUGAAGGUUAUAAAAAAUGUAAAAGUACCAGAUGGUUAUUCUUCAAAUGUUUCAUGUUGUAUCAAGCUUGAACAUCGUACUAUAGUGGGCAUGAAGAGUCAUGAUAGCCAUAUACUGAUGCAACAACUUCUGCCAAUUGCAUUACGUGGGUCAUUACCUAAGAAGGUAAUAGAACCAUUGAUCGAGCUAUCUGGAUUCUUCAGGGGAAUUUGCUCGAAAACAAUGCGGCUUGAAGAUUUGGACCGAUUGGAAUCUAGAAUACCCUACAUAUUGUGCCAAUUAGAAAUGAUAUUUCCACCAUCAUUUUUCACGGUUAUGGUGCACUUGGUUAUACAUUUAGUUGCAGAAUGUAAACUUGGAGGACCCGUUCAUUAUCGAUGGAUGUAUCCCGUUGAAAGGUACCUACACCGACUUAAGUUUCAUGUGCGUAACAAAACUGCACCAGAAGGUUCCAUUGCUGAAGGAUAUUUGUUGGAGGAAUUAUUGACGUUUUGUUCUCGUUAUUUAGAAUCCGCUCAAACGGUUUUCAAUAGACCAUCUAGAAACCCGGAUGAUUCUAAAGGGAAAGUUCUUGACGUUCGCCUUGAUUUUACGGUGUGGACUCAAGCACAUCGCUAUAUUCUCUUCAACUCUGAUGAUUUCACUCCAUUCCGCAUGAUGCACUUGGAAAUAUUGAGGAAUACAAUUGAUGAGAGGCAUGUAUCGAAUGAAGAACUACAGAAGAGGCACCAAGACCAAUUUUGUAAUUGGUUUCAAGAUUAUGUAAUGAAAAUGGAUGACAAUGAAAGAAGUGAAUUGGGCCAUAAAGUCGUAAUGCAUUCUAAAGGUCCCUUGCAAGUUGCCAAAGAAUUCAAGCGAAUUGUCAUCAAUGGUACAAAAUAUCGCACUAGGAAUUACGAAAAUGGGAAGAAAACUCAGAAUUGUGGUGUUAGUGUGUGUAUUGAAGAUGGCCCUGCCUGGUAUGGCCAAUUAACACGCAUAAUUGAGAUUAUGUAUUAUGAUGGAUCUCGAUAUGUGUUAUUCAAAUGUGAUUGGGCAGACGUUACUAGGGGUAAAGGUUUCAAGGAGGAUGAGUUUGGGUUUAGUCUUGUGAAUUUUUCUCAUCUAGUACACACUGGUAAUCGGAUAACUGAUGAUCCGUUUGUUUUAUCUUCCCAAGUAUCUCAAGUAUAUUAUGUGGCAGAUGAAAGAUGCCCAAAUUGGGUUGUUGUCGUUAAGACAAAACCAAGAGACGUGUAUGACACUGGUGAAGAGGAAGUGACUGACGACGAUGAUGAUGAAUAUUUAGUCAACGAAUAUUGUAACACUUCCAACGAUGAAGCUAUUGAACCUGCUAUUGACGAUGUUGUAUGGACGCGAAAUGACAUAGAUGGAUUGACGAUUGAAACUCCUUAA